AUGAAGGUCCAGAGAGUGAAAAGAUUUGCACUCCUAAUGGCAGCAAGGGAUUCAGAUUAUGUGAAGAAAGUCUAUGGCGGAUAUUAUAAUGUAUUUGUUGAAGCAUUUGCAGAUGAAGGAGAGAAAUGGGACAUGUUUCGCGUAGUCGAGGGCGAAUUUCCCGACAUGGAUGAUCUUCAAAAAUAUGAAGGAUUUGUGAUCAGUGGAAGCCCUUAUGAUGCUUAUGGGGAUGAAAAUUGGAUUCUUAAACUUUACUUUCUUUUGCAGAAAUUAUUUACCAUGCGGAAGAAAGUUCUUGGAAUUUGCUUUGGUCAUCAGGUUUUGUGUAGAGCUUUGGGAGGGAAAGUUGGGAAAGCAUAUAGUGGUUGGGAUAUUGGAAUAAGAAAGGUUAGGUUUACUGAGGAUUUCACUUUUCAUGGAUAUUUUGAUGAUAAUUUCGAUGAAAUUCCUCCCACUCUUUCAGUCAUCGAGUGCCAUCAAGAUGAGGUUUGUGAAGUGCCUGAGGGAGCACAAGUUCUUGCAUGUUCUGAUAAAACACGCGUAGAGAUGCUCACAUUUGGAGACAACAUUCUAGGAAUUCAGGGACAUCCUGAAUAUACAAAAGACAUUCUUGACAAUCUCAUCGAUCGUCUUCUCUCGAACGACUCCAUUGAGAAGGGUUUUGCAGAAGAAGCCAAGAUGAAGUUAAUGGAAACAGAAGCAGAUAGGAAAUACUGGGAAGGGAUUUGUAAGAGCUUUCUUAAAGGCAGAUGGAUUACUCAGUCACAAAUUGUUUCUGUUGUAAAACAAUAA